UGUCAGUCGAAUAUAAAGCGAACAAAUUUCUUCCAGUUCAGCAGCAGUCUACGUUCACAUUUCACUUCUACGCUCAUAAAAGGCAGCGGGCUCUAUAACAGUUUAACUUACAAAAAGGCGUCGGCACCAUGAAAUCGGUUUUUGUAAUCCUUACUGUUGUCGCCACCGCUUCGGCCGCCACUAUCAAGGCGAGUGCGGUAAAGGCCCAGAAUCCGCUUGCCUUCGGAGCUUUGGACAAGCUGCGUGGAAGGAAUGCCCUUAGUGUGCCCGAUCAGUACAACCUGAUCGCCACCGCCCGCGCCGGUCAAGACUAUCCCAACAAUGUCGCCAUUCCGCAGACGACCUUCGACUGCGGUAGCACCCACCAGCCUGGAUUCUACGCUGAUCCCUCUCCGGCCUCCCGCUGCCAAGUCUUUCACCGCUGCGACAUCAACGGCAACCAGACUUCGUAUUUGUGCCCUAACAUGAGUGUGUUCAACCAGAUCACCCUGGUCUGCAACUGGUGGUUCGACGUGGACUGCAGCAAGGCCGCCUCUUUCUAUGACUACUCCAACAGCCGUCUCUACCAGGGCUCAAAUGUGCCGCUUUUGGAUGACUAUGUCCGAUCCGUGACUGGUGCUGUUGCUGCCGCUCCGGCUCCGGAGGAAGCCGCACCUGCCGAGGCCCCUGCUGCUGAAGCAGCACCGGAAGCUGCUCCCGCCGAAGGCGAGGCUGCUGCUCAGUAAACGCUGUGGAGUAAACAAUGCAGCGCUGUACUUGUCUCACAUCUGGUCUCCGUGACUGCACAGAUUUUGUAAAAUAUUGUGUAAUUGCCUGCUACUAGUCAGUUUGGCCAUUAAUCAUGCCUCAUGAUGAUGACCAAUGUCCACCGGGCCACACUGUUGUGUACCCAGUGUAUGCAACAGUUCUAAAAGAUUCGGAGAGGUGUGAUCCACAUCCACAGAAAUGAAAAGUAAAGGAUAAAGAA